AUGUCACAAGAAAUCAAUCCUGAUGUCGAGUUGUGCCAAUACUCCGAGGACAUGACUGCGUACACGCUAGAGCAGCUUAUCCAAUGGCGCGCUGCGCUAGAGCGCAAGGCCAAGGAACAAGAGGAGAAGGAGCGAGCCGCGAGGGCAUCACAGAGCAACAAUACAAAGUCGCGAUCCUAA